GCACCACAAACAGCCAGAUUGAAAGCAGCAUUUUCGCUUUUGCCCCGUGAACCAACAUGCCAGGUCCCCUUCUUCUCGCAUCCGAAGUGCACGUCCCGGCGCAGACCGCGUGGCUGGCACCGUCGUCGUCGACGCUGGACCACCACAAGGCCGAGAUCAUUGCGUCGCGCCACUGGCAAACGUGCCGGGGCGCAUCGCCGACGCUGACCUACUCGAUGCAAUUCGAAGCCAUUGGCUGCCGCCACAUCGUCCUCGGGGUCUCGGGCCAGCGCUGCUCGGGCCUCGCUGAUGUCGUAGGCAUCGACUUUGAUGUGCGCACAGGCGCUGUGCUCUGGUCCUCGGAGCGCAACGUCCACUACGAGACGGACGCGGCGUACACGUACGAGUGGGGUGCCUCUGACGCGCACAUCGUCACUGUGAAACAUGACGUGUCUGCGCGUGAACUCGGCUUCUUUAUGAACGGCGCAUCCAUGGGCAUUGUGCUUCGGGACGUGCCCGAGUCGUGUGCGUACCCUGCCAUGGCGCUCCGAGGCGCCUUGCAGCCAGGCGCAACCACGAUCGUCCGGCUACUCUAACCUUGCUUCAUGUACCUCUUUCUUAUUGCUCCAA